AAGUCUACCACGCUUUGGUGUUUAUAAAAUUGCGGCGGACAAUUAUACGAUAAUUAGUAGUAGAAUAACUAAAAUUGUUACUAUGAGAUUGUUGCUAAGAUCUUAAUAUGAGAUGAGAUCUAUUUGGACAAGGGUUCGUGGUCACGAAUACGAGGAAGCAAGGAGGGCAGAUCAAGUGCAACCCCAGUGCCCGGAGGCUGGAGAGACCGGAGCAGGAGAGGCAGUCCCCGCGCCACAGCCUCCGGCCCCUGAACAACAAGUUGAUAAACCUGCUGUCGAGUCGAACGCCCAGCCAGAUAGCAAACCAGAGGAAAUAAAGGAGGCACCACAGGAAGUAGCAGAGACCAAGCCAGUCGAACAAACUGCUGAAACUACUGAGGCCAAAGAAGUUCCCAAUAAUGCUAAGGAAAAUCUGGACUGGCAGCAAAGAGAACAGGAACUCCUCAAGAAGAUUGAAGAGUUGGAGAAGAUUAAGAGCGAGAGGACCGAGGAUGGAAUGAAACUAGAACUCAAGGUCCGUGAAGAAGAGAUCGAUCUCCUGAAAGCAAGAGUUCGGAAUUUGGAGACGGAGCUACAAGCGGCUCUGUCGAAACCCAGCGGCAAGAAUCAUGAGAUGAUUGAAAACAUCAAACAGCAACACGAAGAGUUGCUGAACAAAGCGCGUGGCAUGAUCUUCGACAAGACGAAGAUGGUGAAGAACCAGGAACUACAGAUUGAGGCUCUGACGACACAAGUGCAGUCUCUCAAGGACAUCAACGUCAUUACAAAGGACCUGUUGGAAAUAAGGAACUCUGAAGUCAAAGCUAUGGAGGUAAGUUUGGACAGAUACAUGACUCUCCCACAAGAGAAAUACGAACAGAGGGUACAAGCGUUGGUGGCGGAAAACGCGAGGUUGAAGGAGAUCGCUGCCAUAAAGGCCGGUACAUCUGGCUAACUGCAAUAGACUUACGUUUUACUUCGAGAAAUUAUAUCUAAAAUGUAAAGACUGUUUCGAUUAGCAACGUGUUGAGUUUAUGUUUCUUUAGAAUUGCAUUUUUGUAAUAACCGACUUCUUAAAUAAUGAUGUUUCAAAUUUAUAAUUUUUUGUACAAAUUAACUAAUUGACAUUAAAUUUGUAUGACAUGACAUUUUUUUUUGCAAUAGAUCUUACAAAAGUUGGAUGCCUAAUUAAGUUACAUAGCUCUUAUAUUUAUUUAUGUAAUUUUAAUACGAUUUGUAAUAAAUUUUGUGUAAAAAGA